UGAAACGUCGUUAAUUCAGUUGGGCUUUAGGAUCCGAAUAAAAUAAAUUUGCUUGAGACCUUGUGAAGGAAAAAGUUAAGUAUUGAAAAUGCGUGGGAUACUAAUUCUUUUUUUGUGCCUUACCGUGGCCUCUUUGGUUAUGGGCAAUGAGUACGUCUUUGGAAAACGCCAAAAAGAUGAUUUUAAAAUUACCGACAGAAUUAUUAUAAAGCCAAGAAUACCCGGUAAAAGUGCAGUAGUCAGAGCUGGAGCUCAUACAAAAGAAGUAAUAUCUUACAUUCAAGUAAAAGAUUUGUAUAGAUUCAAUUCAACAGUUAUAAUACAAAAUGGUGGAGUAAACUUACAGAAUGUCCUUUUAUUAAUCACUGGAAAUGUGGGAGAGGGAUUACUUGCACGAUUCAAAGUUUAUGGAGUGAAAAAAAAUACAACAGAACCUACUACCACUCAACCAAGUACCAAUAGUACCAUUGAGUCUACUGAAGAACCAAUCACCAUUCUACCUACUGAAGAACCAAGUAAUAGUACAACUACUGAAGAACCAAGUAAUAGUACAACUACUGAAGGACCAACCAGCAGUCCACCUACCGAAGAACCAAGUAAUAGUACAACUACUGAAGGGCCAACCAGCAGUCCACCUACCGAAGAACCAAGUAAUAGUACAACUACUGAAGGGCCAACCAGCAGUCCACCUACCGAAGAACCAAGUAAUAGUACAACUACUGAAGGACCAACCAGCAGUCCACCUACCGAAGAACCAACAAGUAGUCCACCUACCGAAGGACCAACCAGUAGUCCACCUACCGAAGGACCAACCAGUAGUCCACCUACCGAAGGACCAACCAGUAAUCCACCUACCGAAGGACCAACUACCAGUGAGCCAACUACCGAAGAACCAAUUGACACUACAUCUACUGAAAUAUCCACCACCAGUACGUCUACUGAACCACCAAGCAUUAGUGUAUCUACCGAAGGAUCAGGUAGCGGUACGUCCAGUGAACAAAAACCAUAAAUUAAUCUUCGAAUAAGGCGGCAAUGGAGAAUUUACUAACUGAUCCAAACAGCAGUGCUCUCAAUAUUUUAAGCAAUCAAAUUAGACAAAAUAAGAGAGAGAGAGAGAGAGAGAGAGAGAGAGAGAGAGAAAUAGAAAAGAAAAAAUAUAAUGAGAAGAAUAAAGAUAAAGAAAAUAUGAAUUUCGUAUCGUGCGUUCGUAGAUUAAUUAUCAUGUAACUUUGGACAUAUGCAGAUUGUAUAUAUAUAUAUAUAUAUAUAUCCAAUAAUGUGGAUUUAUUAAUAAUUUUCUCUGUUAAAUGAGAAAAUGAAGUAUAAGAUGAAAAAUAUAAUCUAUUUCAUUUA